AUGUUGGGAAGGAAGCGGGGUCAAUGUAGUCCCUCCGUGGAGGACCGACGUCAGUUAGUGCUUGGCGAGGGAAAGAUGGCGGAGGCUGCGGCGGUUCCCCCGCAUCGCUUUUUCUGUCACUGUUGUAAGGGAGAGGUAAACCCCAAACUCCCGGAAUAUGUGUGUCCUCGCUGUGACUCGGGCUUCAUAGAAGAAGUGACAGAAGAUUCCAGCAGUCUCUUGGAGGGCGGAGCCAACGGCCUCGACGACACAACCAGCGAGUUUGCGGAGCUCUGGCACCUGCUGCUGAUAGAGCAACCCUUCUCCACCGACAACGACAACCCCGACUCGGAGCCUCGACUCCCCGGGGGGCGCUUGAGCGCCUUUGGCGACUUGGGAGGGUUUGGAGGCGGACCCAUCCGAGGCUCGGUACCCGCCGGCCUCGGGGGAUCCAUAGUGGGCUCGCUGGGCGCCGGGGACCACUGGGGCCCGGCGCGUCCCCCCCGCCACCACAGCCAGAGGAUAUACAGAUCCAGAGUCAGCACUCGACCCGACCGCUCGCCUGCUGUGGAAGGGAUUGUGCAACAGUUCCUCGCCGGUCUCUUUGCCAACUCCGGGGUCCCUGGUUUGCCGCCCCUGUCAUGGACAGGGAUGCUGCAUUCUAACCCCGGAGACUACGCCUGGGGACACGGAGGACUAGACGCUGUCAUAACACAAUUACUAGGUCAGCUGGACAACACCGGACCUCCUCCAGCGGAGAAAGAAAGGAUCUCGUCCCUGCCUUUUGUCAAUAUUUCUCAGGAACAAGCAGACUGUUGUAUGGAAUGUCCAGUGUGCAAAGAGGACUUUGAGGCGGGCGAAGCCGUGCGACAGCUGCCCUGCAACCACUUCUUCCACUCAGACUGUAUAGUACCGUGGCUGGAGAUGCACGACACGUGUCCAGUGUGUAGGAAGAGUUUAAACGGAGAAGACAGCAGCAGCCAGCCCCCGUCACAGCCCCCCUCCCUCUCCAUGGACCCCCGCACACAGGAGAGAUGGUCCUUCUGAGACGCUUCUCGCCUACCUUGUCAUCAUGUUUGAUCCCAUUGGUCUUAUUUUCUGUUUUAAGGUCUCCUUUCCAUACACGCGCUUCUUAAACCCUCACUUUUGAGGUCAGCUGCUGUUCUUUUCGAUCAAUCAAUGAACAAGGAUCGUCCCUUUAGACCUUAUCGCCGUUAAUGAGUAUGGAGUUACACACACACACACACGUCAUAAUUGUUGCUAUUCUAACUUUUCCUAAAGGGAAACCAUCACAUUGCUCAAAUUCAAGUCUUCAAAGCCUCCCCCUGGUGUAUAUAUUCUAAUUAUGUCAUUUAAUCCAUCUGUUUAUGACGUUCAUAUUUUUAUCACCGUUUUUUUUUUGUAAUUGUAAAUAAUUGUAGUCCAAAAAAAAAAGGUUUGCAAAGAAAAAAACAUUAUUGGAGGCGCAAAUGUGAAAUGUGGUUAACAAGUUGUAUAUUAUAUAAAUGAAAAUACAUAUGUCUAUGAUGUAUUAAUAAAGUGACCAAAAAAAUGG